UUCUCCGCGCCGCCGCUGGAGGCCAAGUGUCUUGCGCGCGCCCGCUUCUGGGUUCUUCUGCCCCCUCGGCGGCCUGCAGAUUUCUCGUAGUCUUCUGCGCCUGCGCAAAGAGCGUGGGCUCUCGGGAGUGGUUAUUUUGUGGCGGCGGUUGCUGUAGUGAGAAGCCCCACAUGGAGCCUCCCUCAGGCACAGCAGAGGAACCUGAGCUAAGACAUGUAGAAAAAGAUGUGUUAAUUCCAAAAAUGAUGAGAGAGAAGGCCAGAGAGCUAUGUUCAGAUAAAGUGCAAGCUUUUACCAAAUGCUGCCAAGAGUCUGGCUUUCUUAUGGUGGUGAAAUGUCAACAGGAAAAUGCAGCAUUGAAAGAAUGUCUGACUACCUACUAUAAUGAUCCAGCCUUUUAUGAAGAAUGCAAAAUCGAAUACUUGAAGCAAAGGGAAGAAUUCAGAGCUACUGGAAUUCCUGCUAAACAAAGACAACAGAAGCUUCCUACAAGCAUGUAGCUAUAUCCUAAAAUGAAGUUUGGAAAUUUACUUCAGUUAUCAACAUACGUUGAUUUGAUGGAAUAAGUAAGUUAAUUGAAUAAGCAGACUCAAUUUUGUUUAAAAAAAAUAAAUUUGUCUGAGGCAGGAUUUAAUUGAAAUAACUGUAUCUCAUGUUGUAUUUUGUGUAUUAGGAAUAAACUCUUUUAUGAAUGAAUCCAAAAUAAAUAGGAUAUAUUUUUGACCAGCUCCAAGGGUUUGAGGAACUCUGUUGUGUAGUAUAUUUUGAGUAAAAAGUUGUUAGACCAAUCCAUUCUUACUGAACAUUCUCCUGACUUACCCUCCCUCCACUAAUAUUCCUCUCUGUAGAAUUUAGAUUUUUUUUGUAAUCAGGAAGACAUUUUGCUUCUGUUUACCCAGGGUAAUAAAUUCCAGCUACUAUCUAUGUAAAAGAACAAUUUAAGGUGUGCCUUUGCUUUCUCAUUUAACAUUGUUACAGCUGCUGUACAACACUGUGUAUGUGUGAACCAGUUAGGCUUGAAAAAAUAUUCUGUACUUAUCUUGGGAAAAGUGCCCUAUCAGGAAUUGUUCAAACACGAUAUUUUUAAAAUUUUACUUAUGACU